CCUUGGUUACUAGACAGCAAAAGACCUGAUGGCAUUGGCAGCCUGUGGGCUACUGAUUGCCCAUUGUCUUCAUUCCAAGUGGUAGUCAAGUAUUCAUUUGUACGUGUCUAUUCAGUGCCUCGUGGAGUGUUUGAGAGAUUGUCAUGUCGGUGUCAUCAUCACGCAUCUUAUGUUAGCCACUGGAGAUCCGGUUUUGUAAUGCGCUAUGGUUGUGUCACACUGUUUGCUCACACAGAUGAGAGAGAGCCUGAAGUGACGAUGAUAGGUCGAGUUUCAAAAUCAAACUUUAAUCUGUUUCGCCUUUAUCAUGUGAUGUGGCGUUGUGUGCAAGAGAUUGAAACUAUCUUGCUCACAGUACCAGGAGUGUUGCUUGACAGAUACAUCACUACAAAGAAGGAAACUAAGCCAGGACUCAUAACGAAGAAGACUUACAAGUAUUUUGUUAAACCUUCCAGUUCUUACUCUUGCUUCUAUGUUGAUGAUUUUCAUCAAUUAACAAAGACAUUGGAAAAGCCACUAUUGCCCGGCAUUCAGACAGUUGUCUCCAGUGUAUCUUCUGGGGUUCCUCUUUCUGAGAUAUUCUCUACUGAAUGUGGAGCAGUGGUUGAUCAGAAUGAUUUGAAAUGCAUUGCUCGAGAUGUUGGUGACCGUUGGAAGGAUCUGUCUUUGGAACUAGACACUGAUAUUGAUGAUAUUGCUGACAAGCGACCUUCAUCAGUGCCAAGUUACAAAAUGCUACAAAAGUGGAGUGGAAAGUGUCAAGAAGAUGCCGUGAAUUGUGUGCUUUCUGAUGCACUCUGUGCAUGUGGCUUAGCACACAUUGCUGGUAAAUAUUUUGGUCACAUUGUAGACGUGGUGUUGAAGAAGCACACUGAACAACAUGUUGACGGUAAUCAAGGUUUCGGAAACAAUCAACAUUAUCACAUGAUGUCAGACAAACUAGAUCAUUUCAAUGUUCUUGUUGUUUGCGCUUUGCCGUUAGAGCUAAGAGCUGCAAUAAGAGUUCUAGAAAACGGAAAUGAGAGCAAAUUUGAAGGCAAACAUCCACAUCUCCCGCAGCUCAACGUCAAAGUGUGCGACAAAUGGAUGUCGACAUCGAUGUCAACUCCUCUGAAGGUGGGGAUGGCCUCACAAACAAAAAUGGGAGGAAUGGAGACUCAGAGGAUCUUGUCUGAACUUGCCAGGCACUUCAGUGCUAAUGUAGUCGUGAUGACUGGGAUCUGCGCUGGAGAGGAGGACAAAUACAGCCACACCGAGCACGGUUGUGUGAUCAUCCCCAAUCGAACUACAGUAGAGAUGAGCGGAAAAGUUGAAGAAGGCGGUCAAUACCAACCUAGUGCAGAAUACGAACCGCUUGACAACACCAUUCUUGCAUCAGUCAACGAACUGGCUCAAGAAAAUUCUGAUGUCUGGUUGCGGUAUGUUCCGGAAGACGCUAUUCGUCCAAGCCCUCGUUAUCUUCAACAACUCAUUCUGGGGCUUGUGUCUCAAAGCGGAGAAGAUGGGAUUACCAAGAAAGAGCUACUGGACAAGAUGGUACAAAAGAAGUUACAUGGAAUGACCACAAUGGAUGUUGACAAGGUCCGUCUAAUCUAUGAUAGUGUUCUCACAAGAAUGCUAGAGCAGAAGUCUCCUUGGAUUUCAUGCUCAUCACCAACAGCAAAGCAUAAGUACACUGCCACACAGGAAGGAAAUGAGUACAAAGAAAAUGCUGCUGUUUUUCCACGGAAAGACGCUGUCAGUGCUAUUGUUGAUUGUACUAUGGCUACCAUGCCAAACGUGACUGAGAACCUGAAGGAAGAGUUGAAGAUUAUAAAAGAGCGCAUGGCAGACAGAAAAGUGAAAGCAGUCGACAUGGAAGCUCACAUGUUCAUGAAACAAGGCAAGGACAGCUUUGGCAAAGCAGUCGUCAUGAAAGGCAUCUCCAACUAUGGUACUAGUGCAAGCAAAGAGGACUAUUACCAGGUGUAUGCUGCCAGCACGUCUGCUGCUUUUCUAAGGCACUUGAUGACAGUUAAACACCAUCUCUUCAAUCUCUGAUGUUCUCAAUAUCAGUUGUACAUACUACAGUACAUGAAGUGAGACAGAACCAAAGAAAGCUACUAUGUAGGAGACGGUUCACUACACUGCUGUUUGUUGACCAGUACAGAUGAUGUAGACAGAAUAUUUGACACCAUCAAUUAUUUUCAGAAAAAAAUUGUAUGAUUUCAGUUUGAUAUUCUAAAAGUUUAUA